AUGGCUCACGAGUUGCUUGCUCUUGAGAUCAUGCUUUUGAUGCUGAAAACACCAACGGAAGAUUCAGUGGAAGUGUGUAUUGCUUUUCUGAAAGAAUGUGGCGCGAAACUGACAGAGAUUGCCCCGCGUGCCUUGGACAAUGUUUUCUCAAGACUUCGAAACAAUUUUGCUGAAGCACAAUUGGAUUCACGAAGGACGACGAUCUCGAAGCAUUAUUGUACUAAAAGAGUUCAAAAUGCGGAAGUGAGAGACGAAAAAGCCGAGCUCGAAGUGAAAAUCACCGCCGUGCAGAGCAAAAACUCUGGCCUCGAAACCCAAAUAAAUCGAACGAUGACUUUCUUGGAUCUGAAUGGAUGGGUGUAUUUGGCAAAAACCGCUUCUUGGUACAAGGUUAUCGAUCAAUAUAUGACAUUCGAUCAAGCCGUGGCAGAUUGUGCGAGUCGAAAGGUCCAUUUAGUCUCAAUUCACAGUCAGGAAGAGCACGAUUUUGUUUGGAAACUCGCGAACGAAAACGAUUCGGGAUACUUCAAGAAUGGCGACUUC